AUGCUCACCGUUGCAGCUGUAGUCAACUCUGAAGAAGACGUUCAGGAUCGAGAUGAAGGUGGCGAAAUCGUCUUACCGUCAGAAAGGAAUGAGGCAGAAGAGGCAGCACAACGGAGAAGCGCCUUGAAGGCGGCCCAGGAGAUGCGAGCCAACUUAUCCGUGGGCGGGAAGCCCGAUGCCACAACAGUUCGUUCACAGGUCACGAUAUUAUGCUCCGAUUUCGAGUUGUACGCCAAGAAUGGACAGACGCCCUCCCCAUUCCCAAACGAGCUGCUGAACAAGGGAUGGAGUCAACUCAUUAGGUGCGCGCCGGCGGUCAACACAGCGGUCGACUUUGCGGAGACACAGAGAGUCUUUCAAGAACUCAUCAACAACUUGGCGCAAAUGCUGCAGGAACAAAGAUCAAUGGCAACCAUCCAUGUUCAUCUAUGCUUACAAGCUAUCGUUCUCGAGAAUCUGGCAGUUCCGCUUCACGAGUCAUCCGCUCAGGCCAGAGACAGCAUGGAGGCAUUACUGAAGGACGUUUACCGCAAGUACUUCGACCUUAUCAUCGACAUGGUCUCCAGGCCGCCGAUCGUGAUGAUAAACCAUGACAAGCAUUUCUUUGCUGCCGCUCACAAGACUCUCGAAAGACGCCAGGAAUUUCCUGGGUAUGACGCCGUGGGCGCUCAGCUGCGACUACGUGGAUGGAUCGUCGUUCAAGGCGGUGCGAUUUAUGAGAAACAAUUACUUUGCGAACAGAUGAUUGCAGCUUGCUUCUUGAACUCUGAGCAGUUGGACACUUGGCAGACGAUGCUUCACCGGAAGGUCGUCAAUGUCAAACGCUUCAGAGAGAUUUGCGUGGACUUCACUGAGCUGCACUUCUCCCCCACCGUGAACCUCAACGCAUGGGUUUCAAGGGAUAGACGUCGCGCUAUCGAAGAGGAAAACAGGCGCAAUGACGUCCUGGAGUAA